GCCAGAGCUCUGAGCCCUGCACCCAGCCACUGCUACCCUGUGAGCUAUAAGAGCACCCAGACUUCCGGACCAGACUGACUCUGGGGGAGUGCCCUGAGAGCCCAGCCUGGCUCCCGUCCUGUCAGCUUUCUUCCGUCUCUCCUCUUGCCAGCCUGUGACUUCCCAGCUUCUCCAAAGGGACACUUGGUAUCAUGUCUCUGCUCAACCCUGUCCUGCAGCCCCCUCAGGUGAAGGCCUAUCUCAGUCAAGGGGAGCGCUUCAUCAAAUGGGACGAUGAAACUGCAAUAGCCUCCCCAGUUAUCCUCCGCGUGGAUCCCAAGGGCUACUACUUAUACUGGACCUAUCAGAGCAAGGAGAUAGAGUUUCUGGAUAUCACUAAUAUCCGGGAUACACGUUUUGGGAAGUUUGCCAAGAUUCCCAAGCUGCAGAGUCAGAAGCUCCGCGAGGUCUUCAACAUGGACUUUCCAGACAACCACUUUCUGCUGAAGACAUUCACAGUGGUGUCCGGCCCUGACAUGGUGGACCUCACCUUCCACAACUUUGUCUCCUAUAAGGAGAAUGUGGGCAAGGACUGGGCUGAAGAUGUAUUGGCCCUGGCCAAGCAUCCGCUGACAACCAACGCCCCUCGCAGCACCUUCCUGGACAAGAUCUUGGUGAAGCUCAAGAUGCAUCUUAAUCCCGAGGGCAAGAUUCCUGUGAAGAAUUUUUUCCAGAUGUUUCCGGCUGACCGGAAGCGGGUAGAAGCUGCUCUCACUGCCUGUCACCUUCCAAAAGGCAAGAAUGAUGCUAUCAAUCCUGAGGAUCUCCCAGAAUCUGUCUUCAAGAGCUUCCUCAUGAAUCUCUGUCCUCGGCCAGAAAUAGAUGAGAUCUUCACUUCCUACCAUGCGAAGGCCAAACCCUACAUGACCAAGGAGCACCUGACCAAAUUCAUCAACCAGAAGCAGCGAGACUCACGGCUUAACUCCUUGCUUUUCCCACCAGCACGACCUGACCAGGUCCAGGGCCUCAUCGACAAGUACGAGCCCAGCGUCAUCAACAUGCAGAGGGGCCAGCUGUCCCCUGAGGGCAUGGUCUGGUUUCUCUGCGGCCCAGAGAACAGCGUGCUGGCCCACGACAAACUGCUGCUCCACCACGACAUGACACAGCCACUCAAUCACUACUUUAUCAACUCCUCCCACAACACCUACCUAACAGCUGGCCAGUUCUCAGGCCUGUCCUCGGCUGAGAUGUACCGUCAGGUGCUGCUCUCUGGCUGCCGUUGUGUGGAGCUGGACUGCUGGAAGGGGAAGCCCCCCGAUGAGGAGCCCAUUAUCACCCAUGGCUUCACCAUGACCACUGACAUCUUGUUCAAAGAAGCAAUCGAAGCAAUUGCAGAAAGUGCCUUUAAGACUUCCCCCUAUCCUGUCAUCCUGUCAUUCGAAAACCAUGUGGACUCGCCCCGCCAGCAGGCUAAGAUGGCUGAGUACUGCCGGAUGAUGUUUGGGGAUACGCUGCUCACAGAGCCCCUGGAAAAGUUCCCAUUGAAACCAGGCAUCCCUCUGCCCAGCCCUUCCGACCUUCUGGGCAAGAUACUGAUCAAGAACAAAAAGAACCAGUUUUCUGGUCCAGCAGCCCCCAGCAAGGAGCCUGGUGGAGAUAGUGAGGGCAGCUCUCUGCCCAGUGGCCUCACUGGGGAGGACACAGUGUGGGCUGCUGAGGAAGGGGCUGAGCCGGAGGAGCAGGAGGAGGUAGAAGAGGAAGAGGAUGAGGAGUCGGGAAACCUCGAUGAAGAAGAGAUGAAGAAGAUGCAGUCUGAUGAGGGUACAGCAGGCCUGGAGGUGACGGCUUACGAGGAGAUGUCCAGCCUAGUCAAUUAUAUCCAGCCCACCAAGUUCGUCUCCUUUGAACUCUCUGCCCAGAAGAACCGGAGUUAUGUUAUCUCCUCCUUCACCGAGCUGAAGGCUUAUGACCUUCUCUCCAAAGCCUCCGUGCAGUUUGUGGACUACAACAAACGCCAGAUGAGCCGCAUUUACCCCAAGGGCACUCGCAUGGACUCCUCCAACUACAUGCCCCAGAUGUUUUGGAAUGCUGGAUGCCAGAUGGUUGCCCUCAACUUCCAGACAAUGGACCUGCCCAUGCAGCAGAACAUGGCACUGUUUGAGUUCAACGGACAGAGCGGCUACCUCCUCAAGCAUGAGUUCAUGCGCCGGCCAGACAAACAGUUCAACCCCUUCUCUGUGGAUCGCAUUGAUGUGGUGGUAGCCACCACCCUUUCCAUUACGGUGAUCUCUGGGCAGUUCCUGUCAGAGCGCAGUGUGCGCACCUAUGUGGAAGUGGAACUGUUUGGGCUUCCAGGGGAUCCCAAGAGGCGCUAUCGCACUAAGCUGUCACCCAGUCCCAACUCCAUCAAUCCUGUCUGGAAGGAGGAGCCCUUCGUCUUUGAGAAGAUCUUGGUUCCUGAGCUGGCCUCCCUCAGAGUGGCUGUUAUGGAAGAAGGCAACAAAUUUCUUGGACACCGCAUCAUCCCCAUCAAUGCCCUAAACUCUGGGUACCACCAUCUGUGCCUGCACAGUGAGAGCAACAUGGCCCUCACCAUGCCUGCACUCUUCGUCUUUCUGGAGAUGAAGGACUAUGUACCUGACACCUGGGCAGAUCUCACUGUGGCCCUCGCCAACCCUAUCAAGUACUUCAACGCUCACGAUAAGAAAUCCAUGAAGCUCAAGGAGGCUAUGGGAGGAGGUCUUUCUGAGAAGCCCUUCCCACUUGGGGGUCCAGUUGCCUGUCAGGUGAAUGGGGCACCAGCGCCUGCAAGCAAUGGGUCCAAAGCAGCAGGGGCCAAGCCCAGGGCAGAAGCCAUGAUAGAAGCUGCAGAGCCCAAGACAGCCAGUGUGGAGGAGCUGCGUGAGCUGAAAGGUAUCGUCAAGCUGCAGCGGCGGCAUGAGAAGGAGCUGCGGGAGCUGGAGCGGCGCGGGGCGCGGCGGCGGGAGGAGCUGCUGCAGCGGGGAACCGCGCAGCUGACAGAGCUGUGGACACAGACACCAGGCCACAAGCUCUACCCGGGCAAGGGUUCCCGAAAGAAGAGGACCCUGCCUGUGGAAGACACCACCGAGACUGUGCCAGGCAAGAGCCUUGAAGGCAUGGACCCACGCAUACAGGAGCUCAGGGAGUGGCUAGAGCAGGAGCUGCAGCAGCAGGGCAAGGAGCAGCACCGGAGCAUCCUGAAGUGCAAGGAACAGCACGUGGCCGAGCAAAUCUCCAAGAUGAUGGAGCUGGCCAGAGAGAAACAGGCCUCAGAACUGAAGGCCCUCAAGGAGACCUUAGAGAGUGACACCAAAGAACUGAAGAAAAGGCUGGAGAGCAAGAGGCAGGAGCGGGUCCAGGCCAUCACCAAAACCACCAUGGACAAGAUGGCGCAGGAAAGGUUGAAGAGAGAGAUUAACAACUCCCACAUCCAGGAAGUGGUGCAGGCCAUCAAGCAGAUGACAGACACCCUGGAGCGACACCAGGAGAAACUGGAAGAGAAGCAAGCAGCCUGCCUGGAACAGAUCCGUGAGACGGAAAAGCAGUUCCAGCAGGAGGCUCUGGCAGAGUAUGAGGCCAAGAUGAAAGUUCUGGAGGCGGAGGUAAAGGAGGCAGUGAGCGCUUGCUUCCCCUCUGAGGCCGAGGAAGCCUCCAGGGAGCCCUGUGAGCAGGACCUGCUCACAGCCAAGGAAGACACUGAAGAGAGCCGUCUCUGAUCCCCAUCCCACUGGGACACUUAACAAGGAUGCUCAGACCCUUCUCUAGGACACGGCUCUAUCUCCUGGGAGGGAAGAACUUCAGCAUCUGAGGCUCUGGAAGCUGCAGCUCCAUCCACACUGCACAGCCUGGCUAGAGGCGAGAGGCAGGAAUCAGAUGCAGCCAGGCAGGGACCCCUCUGGGGCAUAUAACCUUCUCCAAGCUGACCGCCUGAUGCCCGUCCUUCUCCCAGCCUCUGGCUAAGUAUAUAUUUGUUGAGGGCAAAAGAAUACGGACUGGUUAUAGGAAAUGGCGUCCUGGCCCUGCUCCAUUUUCCUAGCGUGCAACCAGUGACACCUGCCCGGAGUUCAGCUGCCUCACCCAGAGGGGGCCAACACCUGGAACCUCUGAUUUUGCACUCAUGGUUCAAGGAAGACCAAGCCUCUGGCCCUCCUGCCCUGAUCUGACACCUCAGCAGGUUUGCAGGCCACCUCCCGAGAGCUUGCCCUGAGCACGAAGAUGUUAUCAGCUUCUGCUGUGCAGGUUGGAAGCUGAGGUGGAAGAGUUCCUGGGCUGAUUGGCCGAUUGGCCCCGGAGGAUCAGGAGCGGGGCAUGUAGGACUGGGGCUGGUGGGGAGGGGAGGAGGCUGGCCUCUUGGGACUUUCCACCCUGCAUCUGGCACACCCUUUCCCUAGGCCCAGCGUGGAUACUUGCUACUGUAUAUCCACUACUCAGACCGCCUGACAAGGUCAGCAUCACUUUGUCUUCCGAGUUUAUGAAGUUUAUUUAUUUUUUCUCCUUUCUACUCCUACUAAAAAGCCUGACCCAGUA